AUGGCCCGCCUGCUGGGCACCCUGCGCAGCUCCCAGCCCGUGGCGCGCUUCCAGCGCUCCUGCGGGCUCUUCCCCGCCGGCGAGGAGGGCGGCGGAGGCAGCAGCAGCAGCAGCGACCCCGCGGACGGGUCCCGGGACCGCGGUGCCUGCAAUGGGGCGGCCGCGCUGCGCUGCCGAGCACCCCCCGGCGGGGUGCGGAGCGGCCGCGGCCCGCAGGGCUGCACACAGAAGUAUAUUGUGAAGAACUACUUCUACUACUACUUGUUCAGGUUUUCAGCUGCUUUGGGUGAAGAGAUUUUUUACAUCACUUUCCUCCCGUUUACCUACUGGAAUAUUGACCACUCUGUAUCUAGAAGAAUGAUAAUUGUUUGGUCUAUUGUGAUGUACAUAGGCCAGGUCUCCAAGGACAUCCUCAAGUGGCCUCGGCCCCUCUCACCACCUGUGGUCAAGCUGGAAAUGAGGACGAAUGCGGAGUACGGAAUGCCUUCCACCCACGCCAUGGCAGCCACAGCCAUCUCCUUCUCCUUUUUCAUUGCAACCAUGAACCAGUACAAGUAUCCAUUUGAACUCGGCCUGGUAGCAGCGUUCGUGUUUUCGACCCUGGUGUGUCUGAGCAGGCUCUACACGGGGAUGCACACAGUCCUGGAUGUGAUCGGCGGAGCACUGAUUUCGGCCGUGCUGCUCGUGCUCUUGUAUCCUGCGUGGGACAUGAUAGAUCACUUGCUGUUAACUAGUCCCUUCUGCCCACUGUUUUCCAUAGUUGUGCCUCUUGUCUUAUGUUACAACUACCCCAAACUAGACUAUUACAGCCCUACUAGGGGGGACACCACUACUAUCUUAGGAGCAGCAGCCGGAGCAACAGUGGGAUUUUGGUUAAACAACCAGUACGCUGCACCAGUCUAUGCCAGCAAAACUUUUCAGCUUGGAUUUCCUCUGAUCACCACUAAAGUGGUGGUUGUGCUAGCCAGGUUCCUUGUAGGCAUCUUAGUUGUUCUGCUGACGCGCUGGCUCAUGAAGAACGCGGUCCUUGGCGUGCUGAGUUAUCAGUACAAGUUUCCCAUCCGUGACCUGGAGGCCCGGAGACGACUGGAAGUUGAAGUGCCCUAUAAGUUCAUCACGUACUCCUCAGUUGGCUUCACGGCUACCGUGAUUGUGCCGCUGCUGCAUGAGCUGUUGGGGCUGCAGUGAGCUCAGCGCCUUCCUCACCGAGUGACGGGCGGCACCACCACUUCAGAGACGCGAGAACUCCAUCACGGCUGGUGGCUUAACCAAAAAGUGUUUUGUGCCUUUCUGUGCACUGGUGUGGUGGGUCGACUGUGGCUGGAUGCCAGGGGCUCACCAAAGCCUCUCUGUCACUCCUCAGCUGGGCAGGGGAGAGAAUAUAAAAAGAGAGGUCGUUGGUUGAGACAAGGACGGGGAGAGAUCUCCCAGCACUUACAGUCACAGGCA